AUUUUUAUAAUGUCUUUAAGCGAAAAUAAGGAAAAUGAAAAUUUUCCAUUACCUAUGUCUUUAGAGCAGCUAGAUUUAAGUGAAUAUGAAGAUAACGAGUUAGUACAAGAAGUUGCACAAGAUCUAUGGAUAUUUUUUCAAUCCAAAAAUUGCGAAUGCCGAAUGAGAAAUACCUAUCAAUGUUUUGAAAAAGUUGGAUUUAAACGAUUUUUUGAACGACAUAUGCAAUUUCGUAGCCUAGAUAAAAAAGAACUAGAUUUGGUUUUAAUGG